AUGUCUCUUGAAAAUAAAGAGGCAUGGAUAUUGUUUUGUUUUACCCUAUUUCCAUGUGCCGAAUGUGCAGGCAUAGAAGCACGUGGAAGCGCCCAAAGCACAAGUAGUAUUACAGUAUCUGCACCAUUUUUACAUGAACACUACAAAACUUUAACGACGGUAGAUGAUGACGAAAACUUUUUGUAA